AUGUCCCACUACGACUUGUAUCGAGCACAACAACAACAGCAAAAGUCCAAACAACACCUACAAGACUACAGUUAUUCGUCCAGUCGGCUGCUACGGCAACAGCACUCUUCGUAUCUCCCACGGAACAGCCGACGUGAUGUCUUUUCGGAUCAAUGUGUCGACGACGACACACUGGGAUUUUCAUCAUUUGCCAGAGCCAAUACAGAUGAGCCGAAGGAAGACACGAAACAGGAGGAUACUAGUAUCCAUCAGGAACAAUUGGGCGGUAUUACGCAUCAUUCGGAAAACAUUGUGGGGACCUGGGACAACAUGAGUACGUUUAGUGGGAACGAGGAGAGUCAAACAGACCUUUCCUUUGCCGAUGCCGAGACACUCAAGGCAUCCAGUUGUCACAGUUCGUCCAUUCAAACCUCAUCUAUAUACAUUGAAGACAGUGAACCCAGAAUUCAUCCAAGGGACAAUCAUCUUCUGUCACCCGAACCAGGACAGCCUAGACCACCUUUAUUACGAGUAGAGUCCAACGAUGGUUCCAGUCACAAUAGUACCAGCAGUGGACUGGAUUCCUUUUGUGAUGAUGACGUUGAAUCUGGACCCAUCAUAACUCCGGAAACCACUGGCAGCAACAAUAAACCGCCAAAUUCAAAGAAGCUGAUCCUGCUGGCAGGCAUGGCACUGUGUUUGCUCCUCAUGGUUGUGGCGGGAACGAUUACUUGGUGGGUCUUGGGAUCGAGAAAAGAAAAAGAAUUGGCUUUGAGCCGGGAACGACCCACUGGAAUGCCCUCUCCUAUGCCAUCCUCAGCACCAACGACAGUAGUGCCCAAUACUCCUCCUCCCGCCACAGGUCCAAUAAUAACUACCACCCCAGAAGAUGCUAUUCUCGCUCAUCAUCAGCAGUGGGCCAGCCAAUUUCUGUCCAAUUGGACGCUCCAAAUGAUUCAACAAUCUUCAUCCCCACAGGCACAAGCAUUCGAGUGGAUCCAGAAUGAUCCGUAUUUCAAUUCCUCCACCAUUUCCCUCAACAUUACGUCCGCAGAGGUCACCACCAAACAACUCGAUCGAUUCGCCUUGGCCACCUUGUUUUACGCCAUUGGUCAUACUUGGCAGGGAUGGCUGUCCGACGAGGACGAAUGUCAGUGGCCGUUUUACUCGUGUGCUCCUACUAGUACUGCUCCUCCGACCGGGAGACGACGACUCAGAGCACCAUCGGGAACUACGUUGGAAAUACGAAAUGCCCGUGCCACGGGCAUACUUCCCGCCGAAGUGUCUCUAAUGACUUCGUUGCAGGUCUUGGCCAUUCAUGACGAUCCCAUAUCCAACAAUGACACAUUUCCGGGGUUGCAUGGCCGACUGCCAUCGGAAGUCGGAUUGCUCACGGACCUGCGAGUGCUGGAUCUACAUGGUCAUACUCUGGUUGGAUUCAUCCCUUCCGAACUAGGCCAGCUCACCAACUUGGUCGAGCUGUAUUUACACAACAAUUCGUUCCAAAUUGGAGCUGUCGUGCCAACAGAAUUGUGCGAUUUGCCGUCUCUGCACACCAUCACGGUGGACUGCACUGCGGUUGUGUGCCAUUGCGGAUGUACAUGUCCCACGGGAGGGACAUCCUUGGAGACAACACACCACAACAUUUUUGAUCAUGACAACAACGGUACAGCCGCCCCAUCACCCGUCACGAAUCCACCGUUGGCAACCACGCCUUCUCCCACUACAAUCAUGCCCGGCGUCUCCAAUGUACCGCUGCCAACACCCGAACCGACGUAUACCAUCAUGACAAAUGUGCCCCAGCCAACCCCCAUGCCACUGACUAUGGAGUCUUGGAAUGAGACGGAUGGUACGUCACUCAUUGACGCCAACAACACCAACCACAGUAUUUCAGUUCCCAUUAUGCUUUAG